ACAAAGGGUUAAAUCUUAAUAAACCGAAGUCAUAUUUUAUAUAAAAUUAAAGGGGUGGGCCCUUUGGUACAUCACCUGAGUCUGGGCUAAAUCGAGAGACCGUCAAUCAAAGGCUAAAGCCUGUGCGAGCUGGGAAGGAGCUUUAGAUGGCGGAUGAGCCUUGGGAAGGGGAGCCCGUAGAGCUCGUCGACAGCGCUUCUCACUCAACUUUGAACUUCAGCGCUCCUUUUCGGGCUUUUAUUUUAAGACCGAUAAAUUUGUGUUGUAUCUUCACGUGGAAGUGUCGUCGCAUUGUUUGUGCGCUUUUAUUUCGUUGAGAAAAUAUGUGCCGCUUUAGCGUAGUCGUUUUCUUUGCCUCGCGCUGGCAGCCAUGGUUGUCCUCCAUUUUUAGUGCGCUGCGCGCGGCUCUUUAGAAACUCCGCUCUCCAUUCAAAAGGCCACUGUUGCUUUUCUAACACGUAUUUUUCCCGUUAUAAAUAGUAUUUCGAAUUAUAUUGUUAUUCGGAUCUGUCGAGAUUUGCGAGAUUUUUUCCCCCUGUUGUCGGAGUAAUACGUUCGAUAUUUUUUUUAUUCCGGUUGUGGAUGUUGCUGCUCCCUAUAUGUAUUUCCCUACCUGUCUGUGGAACUAUGUGUACGUUCCGGAUUUUUUUACGAUUGGAUGUAUUUUGACUUUUUAAAAUGUUUUCAGUCGUUCUUUGUCCUGAUGACGCAGUAAGAAUUUAUGCAUGUGGGAUCUAUUGCAUUAAAAGUCUGGACACGUUAGUUGCUUGUGACACCAAGCUAUUAUUAUUUAAUUCCUAGUUUUUAUCUCAUAGUAUUAACAUAUUGAAUUAGUCUUUUCGGCAAACGUGUAAAAGGUGCUCAUUUUCCUUUUACGAGGCAACGGGGGACUUUUUGCAGUCCUGAAAGCAAAAGCAGGACUGAUCGAACUUACAUGAUGGUCCCCCCCCCUCUCAACUUUUGACAGUUUAAUACUUAGAGCAAAGAUCAUCGUUAGCAAUUAAACAUUAUAACCAUGUUGAAGAGCAAGGACAAAAAGGAAGGAAACGACGCUUCGACUCAAAGCAAUGCCUCGAGCAGCUGUACAUCAGAGGGGUCGAAUCGUUCGGCCUCAGAUACAGGCAGCCAGUCUGAGACUGAGCAGGGCAGUGAACGUGCACACACUCAGCAUUCCGAAUCCAACAGCACGUCUGAGUCCGAGAGCUGCUCUGAAUCUGGUAGUGAAUCGGCUGGGUCGAAGUCACGCCAGACCAUUGAAGAGAUCAAAGAGAAACGGGUCAAGAAGCGAGACCUUGCUGAUGUGAAAAAGAUGUGGGAGGCACAUCCAGAUGUUUAUGGUGUCAGAAGGUCCAAUCGGAGCAGACAGGAGCCUGCUCGUCUAAACAUUGGAGCAGAGGGCAGCAGUGAGUCUGAAAGUGAAAGUCACAAAAGAAAAGUAUCCCGACAGAAAACUAAAGAAAAUACCUGGAAAGAUGACUCAAAUGGUGAAGAUGAUGGUGAGGAAGAACCCAGCAGUUCAGAGAGUGAGCCGGAAGAAAAAAAAGUUAGAUCCAGGCGACUUCCUGCUAGAAGACCACAGGCCAAAUCAUCCACAACGAAGCAGUAUCAGUCUCUAAAGGGACAAAAACAGAGAAAGCAGGAAACAUCAGAUGAGGAAGAGGAGGAUGACGAUGACGACGAUGAUGAUGAUGAUGAUGAAGAUACUCCUAAGAGACAGACUCGGCGAAGAGCAGCAACUAAAAUUAGUUAUAAGGAGGACCAGCAUGAUUUUGAAACUGACUCUGAUGACCUGAUAGAAAUGGCUGAGGGGACAGAGGAUGUGCAGGAUGAUGACAGUAAGACUAUUGAGAAAGUCUUGGAUACCAGGAUUGGCAAGAAAGGAGCUACUGGAACAGCGACCACACCAUAUGCUGAAGAGGCCAACGGAGAACCCAGAGUAGAUUUUGAGCCUGAGAUGGACGAACUCGAGACACAGUUCCUUAUCAAAUGGAAGGGCUUGUCUUAUGUCCACAACACUUGGGAAAGUGUGGACUCGCUCACUCAGCAAAAGGCAAAAGGGGUGAAAAAACUGGAAAACUUUAGGAAAAAAAAUGAGGAGCUCAGUGCUUGGUUAAAAAAAGCCUCACCUGAGGAUUUGGAAUAUUACAACUGCCAGCAAGAGUUAACCAAUGAUCUGAAUAAGCAGUUUCAGAUAGUGGAGAGAGUCAUUGCAGUGAACACAGGGAAGUCACAUAUGCCCCCUGAUUUACCGUCUCAGAAGACUACAUCUAACGAGCCUGAGUACUUAUGCAAGUGGAUGGGUCUGCCCUAUGCAGAGUGCACUUGGGAAGAUGGUUCAUUAAUAGGAAAAAAGUUCCAGUUAUGCAUUGAUAGUUUUAACAACAGGAAUGUCUCUAAGACUAUGCCCUCCAAAGACUGUAAGGUGUUAAAACAGAGGCCCAGAUUUGUGGCUCUUAAGAAGCAGCCGUCUUAUAUUGGAGAUGAGAACUUGGAGCUGAGAGAUUACCAGUUAGAUGGGGUGAACUGGCUUGCACACUCUUGGUGCAGGUGUAACAGUGUUAUCUUAGCUGAUGAAAUGGGCCUGGGGAAGACCAUCCAAACAAUUUCAUUCCUUUCCUACCUGUUCCAUCAGCACCAGCUGUAUGGGCCCUUCCUCUUGGUUGUGCCUCUCUCCACACUCACGUCUUGGCAGCGGGAGUUCAGUACUUGGGCUCCUGACAUGAACGUAGUGGUCUAUUUGGGGGAUGUUUUGAGCAGAAAGACGAUUCGUGAUUAUGAGUGGAUUCACCAGCAGACCAAAAGAAUAAAGUUCAACACACUUUUGACCACAUAUGAAAUUCUACUGAAAGAUAAGGGUGUCUUGGGAAACAUAAACUGGGCAUUUCUCGGGGUGGAUGAGGCCCACCGGCUGAAGAAUGAUGACUCUCUUCUGUAUAAAACACUAAUAGAUUUUAGGUCCAACCACAGGCUGCUCAUAACAGGAACUCCGCUGCAGAACUCACUCAAAGAGUUGUGGUCCCUCCUGCACUUUCUUAUGCCUGACAAGUUUGAGUUGUGGGAGGAUUUUGAAGAAGAGCAUGGUAAGGGGAGAGACAAUGGCUACCAUAGCCUGCAUAAAGUGCUUGAGCCUUUCCUUUUGCGUCGUGUGAAAAAGGAUGUGGAAAAAUCGCUGCCUGCCAAAGUGGAGCAGAUCCUCAGAGUUGACAUGUCUGCCCAACAGAAACAGUUUUACAAAUGGAUUCUCACAAGGAAUUAUAAAGCCCUAUCCAAAGGCACCAGAGGCAGUUCCUCAGGAUUCCUCAACAUCGUCAUGGAGCUGAAGAAAUGCUGUAACCAUGGUUUCCUUAUCAAGCAGCCAGAUGAGGGAGAAAAUGAGACUCCUCAGGAGCAUUUGCACGCCCUUGUUCGUGCCAGUGGAAAGCUUGUGCUCUUGGACAAAUUGCUAACAAGGUUGAGGGAACGAGGCAAUCGUGUGCUUAUCUUUUCUCAGAUGGUCCGUAUGCUGGACAUUUUAGCUGAUUAUCUGGCUAUGAAACGCUAUCCCUUUCAGAGAUUAGAUGGGUCCAUCAAGGGAGAACUUCGGAAACAAGCACUCGACCACUUUAAUGCAGAGGGUUCAGAGGACUUCUGUUUCCUUUUGUCUACACGUGCUGGAGGUCUGGGUAUUAACUUGGCCUCAGCCGAUACUGUAGUCAUCUUUGACUCUGACUGGAACCCUCAAAAUGACCUGCAGGCCCAGGCCAGAGCCCAUAGAAUAGGCCAAAAGAAACAAGUGAAUAUUUAUCGACUAGUCACAAAAGGCACUGUGGAGGAGGAUAUUAUAGAAAGGGCAAAGAAAAAGAUGGUGCUGGACCAUCUCGUCAUACAAAGGAUGGACACCACCGGACGAACAAUACUAGACAACACUUCGGGCAAUUCAAAUUCAAAUCCAUUUAACAAGGAGGAGCUGGCAGCCAUAUUGAAGUUUGGUGCAGAAGAUCUGUUUAAAGAACCAGAAGGAGAGGAAUCAGAACCACAGGAAAUGGACAUUGAUGAGAUUUUGAGACUUGCUGAAACAAGGGAAAGUGACCAAGGUUCCAGUGCCACAGAUGAGCUUCUGUCCCAAUUUAAGGUGGCUAACUUCACCAUGGACGAGAGUACACCAGAGCUGGAGGAGAAGCCCAUGCGGAACUGGGAUGAGAUCAUUCCAGAAGAUCAGAGAAGACGGGUGGAAGAGGAGGAAAAGCAGAAGGAGAUGGAAGACAUUUACAUGUUGCCACGGAGCAGAAGCUCAAAUAAAAAAGCACAGGCAAAUGACAGUGACAGUGAUGUUGGUUCAAAGCUCAAGCUGAAGAGCCAGUCAUCAGGUUCUGAAAGUGAGACAGAUGACAGUGAAGAUGAUAAGAAGCCUAAGCGGCGGGGUCGGCCACGUGCACGUAAAAACAAUGUGGAGGGCUUUACAGAUGCUGAGAUUCGCAGGUUUAUAAAAGCUUAUAAGAAAUUUGGUGCUCCUCUUGAAAGGUUGGAGGCUAUUGCACGUGACUCUGAGCUGGUGGACAAAUCCAUCGCAGAUUUAAAGCGACUAGGAGAGCUGGUUCACACAACAUGUGUAGCUGCAGUACAAGAGCAUGAGGAACAAUUGAAGGAUAACCCCACUGAAGCCAAAGGCCCAGGAAAAAGGCGUGGCAUUAACAUCAAGAUCUCUGGGGUUCAGGUAAAUGCUAAAUCCAUCAUUCAGCAUGAGGAAGAGUUUGAGCCUCUGCAUAAGGUUGUGCCCUCCAAUCCUGUCGAGAGGAGCAAAUUUCAGCUAAGCUGUCGUGUAAAGAUGCCUCACUUUGAUAUAGAUUGGGAUGUACAGGAUGACACACAUCUGUUGUUGGGCAUUUAUGAGCAUGGCUAUGGCAACUGGGACCAAAUCAAAACUGAUCCUGAGCUGAAACUUUUGGACAAGAUUCUUCCAGACAACCCUGACAAAAAGCCACAGGCCAAGCAACUGCAAAUGAGAGCUGAUUACUUGUUGAAGCUUUUGAAGAAGGAACAAGAGAGUAAGGAUGCAUCUAAAGCAGAUGAAGAAUCCCAGGUAAAAAAAAGAAAACCUCGAGUAAAGAAAGACAAGACACGACCUGAACUGGCCAGUGAAAUUUCAUCUCCUCAUCUCUCUGAACACACUUCAGAGGAAGGUGAAGUUAAGGAUGACAAAGCUGAAAAAUCACCUGCAAAGAAAAAACAGAAGAAGGACAACAAAGAGAACAAAGAAAAACAGGGCACUGUAAAGAAAGACAAGGAAGGGGACAAAGACAAAAGACGGGCAAAGCUGAGGAAAGACAAGAUAAAAUCAGGAGGGAAAAGUAAGAAAACUCAGGGACCAGUGCACAUUACAGCCGGCAGUGAGCCAGUUCCUAUUGGGGAGGAGGAUGAUGAACUAGACCAGGAAACGUUCAGUAUUUGUAAAGAGCGAAUGAGGCCAGUGAAGAAGGCUCUUAAACAACUGGAUAAACCUGAUGAAGGCCUGUCGGUGCAGGAGCAGCUGCAGCACACACGUGCCUGCCUGUUGAAGAUUGGAGAUCGAAUCACAGAGUGCCUUAAAGCCUACAGCGACCCGGAACACGUCAAAACCUGGCGCAGAAAUCUCUGGAUUUUUGUAUCCAAAUUCACGGAGUUUGGAGCAAAGAAACUGCAUAGGCUGUACAAAAUGGCUCAAAAGAAACGCUGUCAAGAGGAAGAGAAAGAGCACAGAAAGAAAGAUGACCCGGCCAGAAAGAAGCCAUUUCGUCCUGAACCUUCUGGAUCGAGUUGGGACUCCACUGGCACACAGCCUUCAUCCAAACCACACCCAAUACAAAAUCUUCCAACAGGACCCCCAUCCCACUCACACCACCGUGAGCUCUACAACCAGCACAAGAGACACUUCUCUAAAGAUUAUCGGGGAGAUUGGCAAAGGGAACGUAAAUAUACCUACCCAGGAAACAGUAACCAGCCAUGGCAAGGUGACCGACAUCACUCUUAUGAUCAGCAUCGGUAUAAGGAGCAUCACUACAGCAACCGGCGGGCACACUCAGACCUGUACCGCAGUAGUGGCUUCCGGAACCAAGCCUCAGCCCGUAAACGGGUGUAUGAUCAGUACAGCAACGAUCGAGAUCAUCGCGAUCACCGUGACUAUUAUGACAGGCAUCCAGACCCAAAGAGGAGACGCACAGAUGACUACCGCUCUGCAAACUACCACCAGGGAGGAGGUGGAGGGGGCUAUAGUCAGGACUUUCGAAGGGUGGCUGAUCAUCGGGGUGUUAUGGGGCCUGAUCAUUACAGGGCAUUUCACCCCGACAAACCCCCUCCUCUGCUUGACCCACGCUCACCUCAGGUGCUGAAAUCGCCUCUUGAGUCUCUCUCUCCCUUGGAGAGAACCAUGGAACCCAAACCCAACCCAGAUCUUAAUUGGAACAGGAAGACAUGAUUUAAUUCUUAGUGCUAGUGGACUGUGUAUGGAGGCAACAGGUAGAAAUGGGGACACCAGUCCCCUCCUACAUCUGUAGACUGAUGAUCCAAUUAGUGGAGCUCAAGCCUCUUGUUGUUAAGCUCUCUGGGUCUUAUGGGGCUAAAAUGAUGAAUGAGUAAAGCCCUGUUAGUCCUGUGGACUACUGAAUAAAUUUUUAAAAAGUAUUUGAAGUGUGACCGAAUCUGGGAGCUUGGAAGUGCCUCACUUAUUUGUCUAUUCUUCUGUCAUGAAAAGGAAAUGGAGAAUUCCCAGUACGGUUAUUAAGUUUUUUUUUUGUUGUUGUUGUUUUAUGGAAGAAAAAAUUAUAUUCAAUCACAUAUAAGAUGCAAAAUAAUCUGAAUUGUUUAAAUCCUGUAUUGUCCCAGUCCCUGUCUUGAACAUUUUAGUGUUAUCCCUGCUCCCAAACCAUCUGAUUUGCUAAAAGGCAGAGUUGAAGUGUUUUAGAUAGGCCUUUGUACUUUUGUAAUAGGCCUCAUUAAAUUAUAUAAUAAAAAUCCCCACAUUCCCAUAGUUGGCUGACUAUGUAGGUUAAAUUUGCUUCAAUCAACCACAUGGUGAUGGAAAUCUGCAUCAGUGCAGGACUUGUUGAAACACUAAAUAACUAAACAUAAAGCUGUACUUUUUUCAGUGGCUGUUUUCCUAAAAAUAGGUACUGUCAGAUAUUUACAUUGCACUAAAAGAAUUGUACUCUACAAAUUUCCAGUUAGAAACAGUACAAAUGUUGACAUGAUGCCAAGUGGAAAUGUCUUUAUUGAAGCAAAAGCUUGUGGAGCAGGAAACAUUGAGUUUUUGUUAUCCCACCCAAAUAGGCCAAAAUUAGAUUGCUGUGCUAGUAAAUGUUUUGUUUUUAAGUUUCCCCUCCAUCUGUGCCUUAUUCUUUUGUCUAAUGAAAUGGAAUUUUAGUAUGUUGCAUUAAGAAGAAACGUGGCAUUAUCCUGAAUGAGGCAUAUAUUGCACUACCUAGGGUGUAGAAGUAAUUUUCGUACUUUUUGUAGUGCAUGUAUCUAGAGAAAAAGGAGGCCUUUGGGAUUUUGGUUUUUAAACAAGAUCUUUGAUGGAAAGAGGCUGAGUAUUGUUGGUGCCUGUCAUAGACUGUGGAAGUGGAAAACACUUUCUCACAAUGAAACAGUGGCAUGGGUGUUACAAGGAGUUGGAACUCAUCUCUCUUCUUCUUCAAAGAAACCCUUUAUUCUUUAAGGAGUACCAAUUAAAGUAAUUUAUAUUUAUGAAAACAACCACCGUUCACAUGAACUUCACUGUACAUUCUGUUUAUAAACAUGUAUGUAUUAAACUUUGCUACACCACCCA